AUGGUGACUAAGUUCUAUCAACAUGUCCUCGCCUUGGUUUUUGCUGUAAAUGACAUCAACGAGAAUCCCCAGAUCCUGCCAAACUUUACCCUCGGAUUCCAUAUCUCUGACAGCUACUAUGAUGCACGGAUGACCUACCGGACCACUCUGGACCUGCUCUUCAAAUCACAUAUUUUUUUCGCUAAUUACAAAUGUAAUUCCCAGAGAAAUGUGGUAGCCAUUGUUGGUGGACUUGAUCCUGCUGUCUCAUUUCAUAUAGCAGACAUCUUAGACCUCUACAAGAUUCCACAGCUCCACUCUUUUCUUCAAGGCCUUUCCUUUAAUAAUUCAGCCGGAGAAACCAUCUCCUUUAAUAAGAAUAAGGAAAUGGAAACUGGGUUUGACAUUGUGAACAUGGUUAUCUUCCCAAACAAAUCCUUUCAUCGAGUAAAAGUCGGAAGAGUGGAUGAAGAGACUCUUGAAGGAAAAGGAUUCAUCAUUCAUGAGAAUAUGAUUGUUUGGAACAAACAUUUUAAUGAGGUGGUUCCCCUUUCUCUGUGCAAUGAUCCAUGCUCCCCUGGUUACCACAAGCAAAUGAAGGAAGAAGAGGCAUUUUGCUGCUAUGAUUGUUCUCCUUGCCCAGAAGGCAAGUUCUCCAGCAACAAAGACAUGGAUGACUGUUUCAGAUGUCCAGAUGAUCAAUAUCCAAGCAAGAACCAGGAUGGAUGCAUUCCCAAAAUUAUAAGCUUCCUGUCUUUUGAAGAACCUCUAGGGAUAAGUCUGGUUUUACUUGCUCUUUCUUUGUCCCUGACCACAACCUUAAUCCUAGGAACUUUCAUUAAGCACAGGGAUACCCCCAUUGUCAAAGCCAACAACACAGAUAUCACCUACACUCUUCUGAUCUCCCUCCUUUUCUGCUUCCUCUGCUCUUUGCUCUUUCUUGGAAAACCAAGCAAGGUGACCUGCUUCCUCCGACAGGCUGCUUUUGGUAUCAUCUUCUCAGUGGCUGUGUCUUGUGUUCUGGCCAAAACCAUCACUGUGAUUGUAGCUUUCAUGGUCACCAAACCAGGGUCCAGCAUGAGGAAGUGGGUGGGCAAAAGAUUGGCCAGCUUCACUGUCAUCUCUUGCUCCCUUGUUCAAGUAAGUAUUUGUACAAUGUGGCUUGGAACCUCUCCCCCCUUUCCAGAUACUGACUCUCACUCACUGAUUGCAGAGAUUAUAGUAGAAUGCAAUGAAAGUUCUGCCAUUAUGUUUUAUAUCGUCCUUGGCUACAUAGGACUUCUGUCCCUCAUAAGCUUGCUUGUGGCCUUUCUUGCCCGGAAGUUACCAGAUAGUUUUAACGAAGCCAAAUCGAUCACCUUCAGCAUGUUGAUGUUUUGCAGUGUUUGGUUGUGUUUUGUUCCAACCUACUUGAGUACCAAAGGGAAACAGAUGGUGGCCGUGGAGAUCUUCUCCAUCUUGGUCUCCAGUGCUGGCUUACUGGCUUGGAUCUUUUCCCCCAAGUUUUAUAUAAUUGUGCUGAGGCCUGAACUCAAUACAAAGGGUCACCUCAUGCAAAAAAAGUAA